GCCCCUGGGCGCCGCGGGGCCGCCGUCGGCGGCGCUGCCGGGCGGGAGCGGGCCGCGGCAGGCCGACCUGGAGGGCCAGGAGUCGGAGGAGAGCGUCGAGGAGCCGGAGGGCCUGAGGGCAUCGCUCGCGUCGGAGGCGGAGGCCGACGAGUCCGAGGACAGCGCGACGGAGGCGUCGGAGGGGAGCGUGCAGGAGAGCACGGAGGAGCUCGAGUUCGGCGACGGCCGG